AUGAUGGCUCUCGUUAUGGAACCUAUUAGCAAGUGGACGCCCAAGCAAGUAGUGGAUUGGAUGAAAGGCCUUGAUGAUUGCCUCCAACAAUACAUAAAAAAUUUUGAAAGAGAGAAGAUCAAUGGUGAACAGCUGCUACACAUCACUCAUCAGGAGCUUGAGGAACUGGGAGUCACUCGCAUUGGCCACCAAGAAUUGAUACUGGAAGCUGUUGAUCUGCUAUGUGCAUUGAAUUAUGGUUUGGAGACCGAAAACCUGAGAACUCUGUCUCACAAGCUGAAUGCCUCAGCCAAAAAUCUUCAGAACUUCAUAACGGGUAGAAGGAGGAGUGGCCAUUAUGAUGGCAGGGCCUCCAGACGACUGCCAAAUGAUUUUCUUACCUCUGUAGUUGACUUGAUUGGUGCUGCCAAGAACUUACUUGCCUGGCUGGACAGGUCUCCAUUUGUCAGUGUGACAGAAUACUCACUGCUGAAAAACAACAUUGUUCAACUGUGCCUGGAACUAACAACCAUUGUGCAACAGGAUUGUACAGUGUAUGAAACAGAAAAUAAAAUUCUUCAUGUGUGUAAAACCUUGUCUGGGAUUUGUGACCACAUCAUUUCGCUCUCAUCUGAUUCUCUGGUGUCACAGUCAGCACAUCUUGAGGUAGUUCAUCUCACCAGCAUUAUGCCCAGUGAGGGUUUGGGAAUGUAUAUCAAAUCAACAUAUGAUGGACUACAUGUAAUCACAGGAACAACUGAAAAUUCUCCUGCUGACCAGUGUAAAAAAAUCCAUGCUGGUGAUGAGGUAAUCCAGGUCAACCAUCAAACUGUGGUUGGCUGGCAGUUAAAGAACCUAGUAAAUGCAUUGCGGGAAGACCCAAAUGGAGUGAUUUUAACCUUGAAAAAACGUCCUCAGAAUACCCUGGUUUCUGCUCCUGCCCUUCUGAAGAAUGUGAGGUGGAAGCCUCUUGCACUUCAGCCUGUAAUUCCAACCAGUCCAACAAGCAGUUCAACAACACCAACAAGUACAAUGGGCAUACCCUCAAAAAUGGAGAACUCUGCACUCCAGGAUGUUUUCAUUCUGUCUCCUAUGUCAGGACUUUAUGGCCCCAGGGAUGAAAUUGGAAUAAUGUCUUGUGAUGACAUCAGCAAAUUUGGAAAGUCUGGAAUGAAAGGCUCUGAGUCUCCAAGCUAUUUUCUGGAGCAUGAAAGUGGGAAAUACUACACCUUAAUUGAAGGUGAAGGCCACCCUGUGGGCUCUGAGUAUGAGCGAAGCAGAGCUCCAGGAGUGCGGAGAAGAGAAAAAACACCGACUCAUGGAGAUUUAAGGCCUGUUUCGAUGCCUACUGAGUACAGUUGGAUAGGAGAGUCAAAAGAACAAAACAUGUACAAGAGAGGAAGCAGAGACUCUGAGAAUUCACUCCUGCGGUAUCUGAGUGAUGACAAGAUACUGGUUAUCCAAGAAGAGCCUUUGACACAAAAAGACAAUAAAAGAGACACAGGCCAUAGGUCAAGAAAAAAGGGCAAAAACACAAGCAGUCCAAACUACCCUAUUAGUCCAUCUGUAUUGACAUCUACUGUUAAUGUCAGGCUUGAACCUGGACAGCAAGAUAUCUUGAAUUUCUCGCUAGCAGAAAACAAUACAGUUCCACUUUAUCAUAGAGCAGGGGACACGGUUAGUGGAGAUACUGAAAGGUAUGCAAGUUCUGCCAUUGACCAUCAAGGAAGCACAUCCAUGAGGAAGUCAUUCCAUUACGCUUCCCUCAGGGUAAAAAGCAGAAAAUGGUCAAAAGGGAGCUCUCUAACAAGUGGGAGCAGAAGACGGAUUUCCUGCAAAGACUUGGGCCAUGGAGAUUGUGAAGGCUGGCUAUGGAAGAAAAAGGAUGCCAAAGGAUAUUUCACACAGAAAUGGAAAAAGUACUGGUUUAUUCUGAAGGAUUCAUCCUUGUACUGGUACACAAACCAGAAUGAUGAAAAAGCAGAAGGUUUCAUUAGUUUACCAGAGUUCAGAAUAGAUAGAGCAACUGAAUGCAGAAGAAAACAUGCCUUCAAAGCAUGCCACCCCAAAAUAAAGAGCUUCUACUUUGCAACAGACUGCCUUGAAGAGAUGAAUAGAUGGAUGAAUCGUUUGGGUCUCGCAGCAAUUGGUUACACACCUGAUGACAAGGAUAUUCAUCCAGAUGAAGCAGAUUACUGGAGUGAAAGCGACCAGGAUGACAUCGACGGCUCCUUAACCCUGAAGCAGGAAGGCUCUUCAACACUGUGUGACACCUAUCAUCGAACACCCUCAGUGAAUUCUUCAAGUCCAUUCCCUGAAGCCAAACACGGUCGACACUUUUCAAGUGAGUCAACAUAUUCUCAUUCUUCUGCCGAGGAUUCUCGACAAGAUGUAGCAGGGAGCACACACUCAUCGGGAUGCAGACCUCCCUACCGAGAAAGACGCUCAUGGCAGGAUCUGAUAGAGACUCCAUUAACCAGUUCAGGGCUCCAUUUUCUUCAGACUGUUCCUCCUGAUAUGGAGUACAUGAGUGGAAUGUCACCAGACAAACGAAGACAAGCAACGCUACCAGUACAAAGACGUCAUAAUUAUGAGCAGGAAGGGCCUUUCCCUUUGGUGGAAUGUCAGAGAGGACACAGCUCUCAUAGCAGGCCACAGAAGCAACGUAGUCAAAGCCUUCCCCGAAACAGAGAUGUCAGGGGUAAGGGAUGUGUGAAGUCCAUAGAAGGAACAGAUGAGAAGCUGGAAGAGAAAGUUCCUGUCAGAAGACAUAACAGUUUCUGUGCAGAAGAAAAUGUAAAAGAAACUGGGGAAAAUACGGAUGGUCUGCAAGAGCUAUACAAAUCUCUGGAACAAGCUAGUCUGUCAGCUUUUGGAGAGCAGCGUCCUUCCACCAAGCAGGAGUUCCGCAAAUCUUUCGUAAAGCGAUGUAAUGAUCCAGUUAUCAAUGAAAAGCUUCACCACAUCAGAGUUCUCAAGAGCACUUUAAAAGCAAAGGAAGGGGACCUCACAGUUAUCAACAGCCUUCUGGAUGAUCCCAACUUAACAUCAAAGAAGUUUAAAGACUGGAAACUAAAAAACUAUGAGUUUUUCCUGGACAUUUGUGAGUACAGUGCGGUUGUGAAAUCUCAAAAUGGAGCCUCUGAACUUGCAACCUCAGCACCAAUGCUGACACAUACACACUCGUUCAUUGAAACUCACGUGUGACAGGACUCAUAUCCUGAAUAAUUGCUGGGUGCCAUGAAAAAUCGACUAAGACAAACACUGUAAUAUUUAUUGAUAAUGUACUCAGCAGUACUGUAAAUAAGUUGAAUAAGAGAAUAGUGCCACAGGAUGCCUACUACAUUGCAUGAUAAGACAAUAAUAUUCUUUAUGAAUUCUUUUUUGUUUGCUAUUAUCAACCGAUGUCCGUAUCAAGCUCUGCAUUAGAAAGAAGCAGUGCAGAAGUGUAACUGAAAAUAAAUACCAGUAUAUGUAAAGUACUGUACUAAAACUAAGCUUAUAGUAUGAGCUCCUACAAUCAUUUUAUAUAUUUAGAUAUACAUAAAACCAUAUCUAUGUAUAUAAAAUGUAACACAGUAGUUGACAUUUACUUUUAAAAUGCCCUAAAGUUCACAUUUUCACACAUUUUUUCUUGACUAAAAUAUAAAAUGAAAACAUAAAUACAUUGGCCACACUUAGAGAUGAACGUUUAUUUUUGCAACAUUUCCAGGUAGUGACCAUCUUUGCAAAUAAAAGGACAGAGUUAUCAAAAUGUAAACUCAAUCCCUAUAGUGUGCCUUAAAAUGUACACUGUACAUCUAGCAAAUAGAUCCCAAUCUGGCCCUAUGGGCAUACUGUACAUGCCAUUUAGAUACUGUGUUUGUAACAUACUGUGCUUGCCUUUGAAGUGAAUGAAUAUAAGCAAGCAGGUAUGGCACAGAGGUUAGGGUAUGAGUAGAACAAUGUUGGUUGUUCACUAAUGCUGCAACUUAAACUGAUUUUAAUAUAAUUUGAAGUAUUUCAUGGUGAAAGAAAAACAUCUGCGCUGAAUAUGGUACAUACUGAAGGUUUUCAUAGUUUCUUCACUGUGAAUUUAAGUGACACAUGACUGUGAGUCACAAAAUUCAAAAAAGCUCUGAUGCUUCAAGGAUGAGAAUUAAGUUGAAAAAAAAAUCCUGAACUAAUCAAUUAAAUUCUGUAAUAGACUGACAUCUAGAGCUGAGUAAAUUACUCAGAAUUAUGUAAUGUCUGGCAAUAAUGUUUAACUGUUAGUAGUACAUUAACAAGUGGGUGAAGUUAUUCAAUACAUCAUUUGAAAACCAAUUUGUAUUGAUUGGUUUGGGAAGACACACAAGUCACAUAGUGUAUUUCACUUCCUUGCCUGGAUGAGAAUGAUUUCUAAGAAUCAGAUUCUGGAAAAAAUACUUGUAUUCUUGGGAAAAAAAAAAAAAAAAAAAAAAAAGAGAGAUAGAGAGAUUGCUCUGAAUACCACUGAACAUAAAUUUCAAACAUCCAUUCACAAUUUUCUCUGACUAUGCUUACUAGAAUGUCUCUAGAAAGCAGAACAAAGGGGAUGUGAAUACAGUUGACGUCAUUUCACUAAAACACAAAUAUUCACUGAUAAGUUUUUCACAAGACAAACCUAGUUGUCUCUCAUACAUCAAGAAUUGGAAACUUCAUACAGUUCAAUAUAAUAUAGGAAAAAACAUUAUCUCAGUGAGGUCCUAGUAUCUAGGAAGAGAUUUAACUAUUCACAAAGCCAGAACUGGGUGAAGGUAUCCUGUUUGCUUAGUUCAGCCUCCACAAAGCAGCUGUGCCGGGUUGACCCUGGCUGGCUGCCAUGUGCCCACCAAGACGUACUCACCCCCCUCUCCUCAACAGGGCAGGGGGAAAAAAAGGAUGGAAAAGUUCGUGGGUUGAGAGAUAAAGACAGGGACAUGACCCACCAAUGACCAUCAUGGGCAAACCAAAAACAGACUUGACUUGGGGAAAAUUAAUUUAUUGCCAAUUAAAAAUACAGUUGUACAGUAAGAAACAAAGACAAAACUAAAACCACCUUUUCCCUACCUCUCCCCUUCUUCCCAGGCUCUAUUUCCUUCCUUCAUUCCUAGCUUUUCUACCUUCUUCCCCACUCAGUGGUGCAGGGAGAUGGGGAAUGGGGGUUGCAGUCAGAUCAUAACACUUUGUCUCUGCUGCUACUGCCUCACACGGUUCCCUGGCUUCAGCAUGACGUCCCUUCCAUGGGCUGCAGUGAAAAAAAAAAAAGUGUGAAAGAUUUGUCUAGCAUUGCUUAUGCCUUAGAGCAAGUGAAAUCUAAUUGUUAAAUUAAGCAAUACAAGGACUUUAUUCUUUCACAGACGUCAGCUGACACUUGAAAGCAAUUUCACAAGAAUUUUGUCAUACUUUUUGCAUGUGUACUCAACUUCUUACUACCACUAGUUUCUUCUUUCUGGAUUUAGGUACUAACCAAGCUAAACUAUAGAAAAUAAUGUACAAAGUCACCAUAGCACAACUAUUUGGAAUUUCACUAGCUUUGAAAUAACUGGAAUGCAAAGUGCGAUACAAGUAUUGUAUUUAAAAUCCUGCUAUGUAUUAAAAUAUAGAAAAUUAUCCUGGACUGAAAGGUACUUGUACAAUGCAGCUGAAAUUAUUAUGGUAGUUUUGAUGCCAUAUUUUUAAAUGAGAAAAAAAAAUUCUUUGCUGUUGAGUUCAUCAAGGGAAAUAAACAGCACUAGUACAAUACAUUUAUUAACUUACUAGAUUUCCUGCCUGAAUACUUAGAUAAAACUUGGUUCUUAACAUAAACAACUACAUGAAGAGAUUGUUUGGAUGCAUUUCAUUCAUCCGGAUCUUAUUAAACCUAGUGACUUCAUUCAGAAUUCUUGCAAGCAAAAUGUCCCUCAGCCAGCAGACCUUCUCUGUGACUCCAGCUUAGUCCUUUUGUUACUGGCUAUUUCUUAUUAUAACUAAUUACAUGCUCCUCCUAAGCUACUGAUUCUCCUCCUUUUUUUAAUACUGUUCCAUAUUCAGUGAGAUCUUGGAUCUUUGUCUUGGUAGCUAUCUCAGCAGCACUUCCUGAGAAAACUGAAACCUUUUUCUUGGUUUCAUUAAUUGAAAUGAAAACUUUCCUGAGCUUACUCUAAUUAAUAUGAACAAGAGGUAAUCCAAGGAGGAGGAGUAGGUUCUCAUCAGUCUAUAUGUCCACAUUCUCUAGUACAAAUAAUGAAGAAAUACUGGGCCCACAGUCUGUGACAUUUGCCCUCACAAGUAAUCGGUCUGAGCUGGAUUGUUCAGGGUGGCUCUACCUGCCAUGACACAGGAGGUUGCUUCACUUCAUUGGCAAAAACCGGCCUGCGGUUUCAUCAGCUUCUGACACAGCUCUACUUUCUCCAACACAUCAUGAGCACUUCUUGAGCUGCUUUAGCACCAUAAGGAAAGACUGAUCAAUUGCUAUGAGAAGAUUUUGGAGGAUGAGAUUUUCCAUCUUUUCCAAGCAGGGAAUUCUGAAUAUAAGAUAGAUAAUAUUCAGAUCUAGACUGCUCUGUUUUAAGCUAGAAAUGUCAUGCAUCACUUUUUCCAAGGAAAAAGAAAUGAGUGUUGCAGAGAAUUGCUACAUGUACAUGGACACUUAACUUUAUUCUUACUGUCUUCAGCAGUUAUAGCUUCCAGACCAAAAUACUCUCUGCUCCAAGGUUUUGUGAAGGAUGGUAAAGGUACCUUUGAAGAGUUUACUUUACAGAGGCAUUGGGAAGUGCCCAGCCUCAUCAAAAAUGGUAGAAUUCUACUGCUGACCUUUAGAAGACUUCACUUUGAAUGUUGGUAGGACUUUUGGGGAAGAAAAAAAAAAAAAAAAAAAAGAUUCUGGUAUAAAAUCUUUACCUUAACAUGAAUCUGAGGAGAACGAAGAAAAUUCUUGUACCUAUCUUUGUCUCAA